CCUGUGACCAGCCAUGAUCCUCCAGACUGCUGUGCUCAGCAUCCUCCUCUGCUCUGUCCAGAGCUUCACUCUGCAGGCUUCAUUUGAAAAGAGUGAUGAAUCCUCUGGCGACACCAUUGAGGAAGAUGAUUUCAGUGUCUCUACACUGAUAGAGAAAGCCAAUGCCAAUCUGGGAAAGAACCCUGGUGAUCCUCUAGUGAUGUUUGGAGACAUAGCAGUGCCAACAGAUCUAGGGAAUGCUGAUCCCUGCACCAAUGACAAAGAAGAAAACUGCAUGUGGCCUAAAGCUUCUGAUGGCAACGUCUAUGUUCCUUACCUCAUCUCCAAUCAGUACUCCCCUAAAAACAGAAAGACCAUCAUUCGAGGUCUGAAGUCAUUUGCCCGGUCUACUUGUAUCCGCUUCAUCCCCUCCAAAGGACAGGAGGACUUUCUUUACAUCAGGUCUGACAAUGGGUGUUACUCAUAUCUCGGGCGUCAGGGUGGGAACCAGACAGUGUCGCUGGAUAUUCCUGGAUGUAUUCAUCGCAACAUCAUCCAACAUGAGCUGCUCCAUGCCCUGGGCUUCGAACAUGAACACAGUCGGUCUGACAGGGACCAGCAUGUUCAAAUCCUAUGGAAAAACAUUGAAGAUGGAGAAGAGAUCCAAUUUGAAAAGGUCGAGACAAGGAACCUUGGCACUCCCUAUGACUACAACUCUGUCAUGCAGUAUGGAAGGAAAUUUUUCUCCAAGAAUAGGAAGCCAACCAUUGUUCCCAUCCCCAACCCCAACGUGCCCAUUGGCAAGGCCACCAAGAUGAGUCCCAACGACAUCCUUCGGGUGAACCGUCUUUAUAGCUGCAAUCAAACUGCUUCCCAAUCUGAUGUGGAACCUGUGCAAAGGAACCAAUUCCUCUAGAAAUGAAGGAGGCAAACCAUGCAGCUUCUCAUCUACAAGCAACGCCAGUAAUGCAUCUUAUGAUUUGUAAUGUGCUUAAUACAAUUCAGAAGUUGAUUAAAUUUAGCAAAAUAUGAUACUGAUUUCAUUAGCUUUAAAAGUAUAGGCAAUGCA